CAGGUAUCAACAUUCUGUUUCCUGCCUGUACGACCUAAGAGGUGUUUACGUGAGGUAGAGGGUCAGAGGCUUUAGGAGGAAAGAAGAGAAAUGGGAGUACAAUGAAGGUGUAAAGGAAACAAAAGACUGUUGGAAUGUAAGAUAAAGAUUGAUACACAUUCCUUUCUUCAUACCUCUUACGUUUCCUGUUUUCACGUUUUCCGACUUUGGACUUUGGACAUUGGACUUUAGACUUUAGAUAUCGAGAUGGUCAGCUUGAAAACUAUCGCUUUUGGCUUCUUACUUGCCCAAGGGGCUUUGGCGAAGGUUCUUCCUCGACAUGUGCAGACUAGAACGUCGGGGGGUGCUCGAGAGCUUACGAAUGCCGAACGGUUUGCUAGAGGUUUACCACCGAAGAAAGUGUCGAGACUCUUCAACGCCACAGCCACACAUGCUGCUCCAGCAAAACGAUCCGGUCUUGGGAAUGUAGGGUACAUUCAGGCUAUUCCGUCUGCAGGCGGUGCCUCAAUGUAUGCGUACUUGUCAGGUAGCAACUUCCAGCUAACAACGGACUCCUCGCAAGCGACACAAUUCACCUGGGCUGUCGCCGGGAACGAAGUCCCCAUUUAUUUUGCCGAUGGCGCCGAGUAUAUGUGCACUCAACACUGGAGUGGUCCGGACAAUGGACAGUAUAAUAUGGAAAGUGGAGCUCCCGCAGCUUCUGUUGUAUUCGGCGGUUGUCCUCUCAGUGACGGGCCUCAAACUACGACAGACGCACACACUGCCUCUUAUCAAUUACCCAGUUGGGACAUACCCUCUUUUCCUCCCGACCGUCUAUUCAUGGACUUCUUCAAUUAUGACGGCACCACGACCUACAAUAUGUUCUUCUUCUCAUUCGAUUCGGCUGGAACGACGGGUCUCCUCGGAUCCGCCAUAUCCAUUGCCGGCUUUGCGAACGCACAGAAUGUUCAAAGGGUAACUCUCAUGUUGUUGGACGCUCUUCCGUAGACCGAGGUGACACCUAAUGUGGCGAAGGAGUAGAGAGAAUCCGGUGGAGGACUGAAUAGAGACUUUAUGACUGCUUGUAUCUUUGGGCAUUCACGUUUGGUACGCAUGGACAAUGAUACAUAUCCAUUUCUUCAGGC